UUAAGCCCCAACAGAAUCCCUAAAACCCUAACCACUGUUCUUGUUGAUCAGCUCUUGCUCCGCUUCAACAAUGUCCGUUUUAGACAACUUGAAGAACAUGUACGAUGUCAAAUUGAAGCCACGGAUGCUCAGAACUCUCAUCAGAGAACAGUUUCCCGACGAAAAUCAUCCGGGCCGGCUCCCCUCGGAGCUCACAAAACUCAUCUCCCUCCUCCGAACUCACAAACUCUUAUCGGAAUCGUUCGAUGACUCGGUCGAUAAGAAGCUCGCCGAGAGCUGGAAAUCUGCCGUCGAUGAAUGGGUCCACGCUGUGCUCAGCCUUGUUUCCUCCAACAUGUCGAAUAAAUGUUGGACAGGAAUCUGUUUGCUUGGGGUGACUUUUCAAGAAUGUGCAGUUCACCGUUUCUUGGCAUCAUUCUCAGUUUGGUUCAACAAUAUUUACUCACACAUUCAGCCACCAGCAGAAUCUCAGUUUGUUAAGGUGGCUUCUCUUAACACAAUGUCAGAUCUAUUCUCAAGAUUGGAUGGAUUACCAAAUGCAAAGAGAGAUGGGAGUUCCCUUGCUAGUAAACUUAUUCAACCCCUUCUGAAGCUGAUAAAUGAAGAUGAUUCAGAAGCUGUCUGGGAAGGAGCAGUUCAUUUGUUAUGUACCAUAUUAACUUACUUUCCAGCUUCUAUUCAUCGCUAUCAUGACAAUGCCGAAGCUGCCAUUGUGUCGAAACUUAUUUCAGGAAGCUGCAGUGUCAAUAUGAUGAAGAAACUGGCUUAUUGUCUAGCAUUACUCCCAAAAUCAAAAGGAGAUGACGAUAGCUGGUGCUUGAUGAUGCAAAAGAUCUUGUUAUUGAUAAAUGUACACCUAAAUGAUUUCUUCCAAGGUUUUGAAGAAGAAACUGAAGGUAGUGAAGCUGUUAGAGCAUUGGUUCCACCAGGAAAAGAUCCCCCACCUCCCUUAGGAGGUCAUACAUUGUUAGGCGAGGCCUUAGACAAGGCAACAAAGCAAUUGCCAAUAUCCACUAUCUCUCUGCUGAUAAUAUCCUGUUGUAUGAUGCUUACAAGCCCAUAUCCUGUUCAGGUGACCGUUCCUAUUGUUCCAUUAUUAGCCCUUGUUCAUAGGGUGAUCAUGGUGGAUGGCUCUGUUCCACGUGCUUCAUUGCCCUUUAUGACUGGAAUGCAACAAGAAUUUGUUUGUUCAGAACUUCCCCUAUUGCACUUGUACAGUUUAGAGUUACUAACUGCAAUCAUUGAGGGCACACGCAGUCAACUAUUACCACAUGCUGCCUAUAUUGUACGACUCGUCAAACAGUAUUUUAAAAGAUGUGCAUUGCCAGAGUUAAGGAUAAAGCUCUACUCACUCACAAAAUCAAUGGUGGUAUCUAUGGGUGUUGGAAUGGCACUAUACCUCGGACAGGAAGUAGUCGACAAUGCAUCUGUUGAUUUGAAUCCGGUUGGUGAUGACAAUGGCUUCACAGCUUCUAUUCCAAAUCCGAAAGCUGCUUCUUUAGCAGUGAUGCAAUCUAGUCAUAGGAAAAGGAAGCACAGUUUCACUGGAUCUUUUGAGCAGCAAAAUGACAAAAUUGGUUUUGAAGUGGAAGCACUGAAAAACCGCCAACAAUCUCCGAUAGCUCUGAAGAUAGCUGCAGUUGAGGCAAUAGAAGUUCUUCUAACUGUGGGUGGUGGUUUGAGAUCAGAGUCCUGGCGACCGGCUGUGGAUUUUCUUUUGAUUUCCUUAGCAACCGAUUGUUGUAAAGAGGGGUGGGACAAUGAGGGGAAGGGUACUUCCUCUCCCAGUGGUCCAACCGUCACUUUGGCAGAUUUGCAGCUUUCAGCAUUGCGUGCACUUUUGGCAUCUCUUCUUUCCCCGUCCCGUGGACGUCCCCCAUAUUUGGCCCGGGCCUUUGAGCUUUUCCGUAGAGUUUCUGCAGGAAAACAACAAGCUGGAACAAAGCUUGCUGCGUUUUGUGCCCAUGCUCUUUUAACCUUGGAGGUGCUUAUACAUCCUAGGGGCCUUCCAAUGGAACGUUUUCCUGCUUCAACUUAUAACUCCUUGGAUAAAGUUAACAACAGAUUCCCAGAAAAUGUAUACUCAGGUGGUCAGAAGCACAACACUCAGGGUCCUCCUGAUUCAGAUGAUGACGAUGACUUGUAUCACAAAUGGGUAGGUAAUGACAAUAUCGGUGAGGCCUCAGCGCUCAGCCCUAGUAAGAAAACGAAGGACAUUCCUUUUGAAACCUGGACAGGAAAUCUAUCUAUGGCUGGUUCAUCUGGCACCAAAAUUUUAGAGGGAAGCAAGGAGCAACUAGUUAUGGGGAUGAGAAGCAAUGAGGAUGAAGUAGUGGUUGAGUCACAGCAAUUUCAAGAAUCCAUUGGGCAGUUUCAGGAACAUGUCACUGAUGAUCUUGAAGGCCCCAUGUUGGGAACCAAGAGAACUGUGCCAGAUGGUGGUUUAGAUAACAAGGAACAUGAAGUAGCAUCAACUGAGGAUUUCUUGACAGAUAAGCAAGAUGGAUUAACUAACGUAGGUGGAAACGUUGCUGGAGCAUCAUCUUCUGAUAAAGGUAAGUCAUCUGUAUUUGAUUUGGACGAUGACUCGUCCAUGGAUUCGUUUCCUGAUAUCGUAAAUGGAGAUCCUGAUUCUGAUGUGGAGGAAUUAGGGUGAAAUAUCAAUCAAUUUAUAUGACAGUCUAAAGGAGAUGUUAUCUGUAAAAGUACAGAUAUUCCAGUUUUGAGUUUUGAUAUCAUGAAGCCCUUG